AUGGUUCCUUGGCUUGGCGUUAUGGAAACCAAGUUGUAUUUCUUUUUCUUCUUCCUCUUCUUUGCUUUUAUUUGCCUCAGCAGUGCAUUCCCUACUUAUCUAAAAGCAGUUUGUCCAACCACAGAUCUGUAUUCUCCAAACAGCACCUACCAAGGCAACCUCCAACACCUACUCUCUUCUUUAUACAGUAAAGCAAAAUAUGGAACUGGAUUCUUUAAUACUUCAUGUGGGAGUUUUCCUGAUACAGUCUAUGGCAGUUUCCUAUGUAGAGGAGAUGUUAGUGCAGAUGUUUGCCUAGAUUGUGUGGAAACAGCAUCACGAGAAAUCAUAAUACGUUGUCCAAACCAGAAGGGGGCCAUCACUUGGUAUGAUGAAUGUCAGCUUCAUUAUUCAAGCCAAUCAUUUUUCUCUGUGGAUGCAGACCACCCCGUGUUUUCCUUACAUAACGAAAACAAUAUCUCAAAUCCAGAUCAGUUUAGUAGGGUUCUGAAUGAAGCAAUGACAAGCCUAGUGUCGCAGGUUGCUUUUGAUCCUUCAAGGCACAUGUUUGCUACAAAAGAAGUAAAUAUUACUGCGUAUCAAACUUUGUAUGUCCUGGGGCAAUGUACUCUGGACUUGUCUGGCAGUAGUUGCUAUAGCUGCCUUCUUAAUUCUGUGGCUUAUCUUCCUACUUGCUGUGAUGGGAAGAUAGGGGGAAGGGUUCUUCGAGCAAGCUGUAAUGUAAGGUAUGAGCUGUACUUAUUCUAUACAAGAUCUGCCAUUGCACCAACUCCUUCAGCCAUUCCUCAUCCAACAGUCAGAACUACUGAUGAAGGUAAGUAG